UAACCUAUACAUUAUUUUUUUUAUAUUAGAAAAAAAUUAAUCCGAUAAAACCCUAAGCAGAAGGCAAGGUGCAGUCUCUCUUAGUCUCUUCUCAUCUCAUUUCGGGCACAGCCGCCGCCUCCGCUCCGCUCUCCCAAACAUGAAGUUCAACAUCGCAUAUCCCACUACGGGAUGCCAGAAAAAGCUCGAAAUCGACGAUGACCAGAAGCUUCGGGCAUUUUUUGAUAAGAGGAUCUCACAGGAGGUCAGUGGCGAUGCUCUUGGAGAGGAAUUCAAGGGCUAUGUUUUUGCGAUAAAGGGAGGUUGUGACAAGCAAGGAUUUCCCAUGAAGCAGGGGGUGCUAACCCCUGGCCGUGUUCGUCUUUUGCUCCACAGAGGAACCCCCUGCUUCCGUGGAUAUGGAAGACGCAAUGGAGAACGCAGGAGAAAAUCUGUGCGCGGGUGCAUCGUCAGUCAAGACCUUUCUGUUUUGAACUUGGUAAUUGUGAAGAAGGGUGAGAAUGAUCUUCCUGGACUCACCGACACAGAGAAACCAAGAAUGAGAGGUCCCAAGAGAGCAUCGAAGAUCCGCAAGCUCUUUAAUCUCUCAAAGGAGGAUGAUGUUCGCAAGUAUGUCAACACUUACAGGAGAUCAUUCACAACAAAAUCUGGAAAGAAGGUCAGUAAGGGUCCCAAAAUUCAGAGGUUGGUGACGCCACUGACUUUGCAAAGGAAGCGAGCAAGGAUUUCAGAUAAAAAGAAGAGAAUCGCCAAGGCCAAGUCCGAGGCUGCUGAGUACCAGAAACUUCUCGCCACAAGAUUGAAGGAGCAGAGAGAACGUCGCAGUGAGAGCUUAGCCAAGAAAAGGUCCAGGCUCUCUGUUGCUUCUAAGCCAUCCAUUGCUGCUUAGAAUUACAAAUCUCUCUAGUUGUUGAGUUUUGGUAGCAAGAGAAAUGUUGUCUUAGGUUUCUUCAAACUAUAAUUGUUAUAUUUUGAGGUGUUACUUGAAUAGUUUUGGAAGUGCUUUGACACUUGGUUCAUUGGAUUCUCCAUGAUAUUAUGACUGUUCGCUACAAUCAAAUGGAAUCUUUUUAAAACUUGAA